AUGAUCAAAUUAGAAGCAAAACCUACAAACAUCUAUAUUAUCCAAGUGCAUUUUCCAACAACUAGAAGUACAGAAGAAGACAUUGAAGAAAUGUACGUACAAGUUGAAGAACUUCUGCAACUGACAGAAAAUAAUGCUAACAUCUUUAUCACAGGCGAUUUCAAUGCUUCUGUCAGUUGUGAAGGUUCUAAUAAUUCAGGAAAGUUUGGUUUAGAAAAUGUUAAUGAGAGAGGAAAGAGGUUAAUUGAAUUUUGUAAACAGCAUGAACUGAUAAUAUCCAACACAUACUUUGAAGUGCCGUUAAGAAGACAUUAUACUUUGAAAGCUCCGGGAAACAUAACAAGAUACCAAAUAGACUUUAUCCUUGUGAAAAAUAAAUACAAAAACCAAAUCACAUUUUGUUAUGUCUACCCCGGUUUUGACGUAGAUAGUGACCAUAACCUUGUAAUAGCCAAAUGA